GCAUUCUCAUGUAACGACUUAUCUGGAUUGACGACUGCAUGACUGGGCGUUUAAAGAUCUUGUUUUUGUGCUUUUGAUGGUUCUUUUCGCGAUCGCUUGGGCGAUACUCAUUGACGACGGAGUUGAAGCUAGCUGGCUGGUUGCGACUCAGCUUGAGGCCUGUCUACUGGAGGCAGUGCAUGAUCUUGUUCAUUUUCUGCGACGAUGGUGGUGGUGGUGGUGGUGUUGUUGUUGUUGUUGAUGUGGUGGUGGUAGUGAAGGCGAGGAGUCCAGUCCACGGAUUCAAGGAGAGCGACCGGCUGCCCCAAGUGGCGGUGGGCGAGCCGGCCAGGUGGCCAUCCGCUAUACCCAACGCCAGGCGGUUUGAUGCCCGGGCUGCCCCCCCACCGCCGUUUCCUCCGUAUUGUCCCCUGUCGAGAUUCCUCUUCCGCGCCCCUCUGUUGCCCUCUUCCCUCGCAUUGUCCUGUUUCGAUACUCCCCUUGUUCUCAUACCCUCAUCCUUACCCUUACCCUUACCCUUACUCGGACCCUCUCCUGGAUAUCUAUCGGAGAGUUAUUGGGGCCUACUUUCGCCCCUUUACUUCUGGUCCGAGAGUACACUAGAUGCAAACCAAAAAAAGACAAAAGACGAAAGAAAUUCCCACCCUCUCGAUCUUCCCACGAAGGCGAUGGACUGUCUCUGUUAUAGUGACCCCUGCUUGAUACCCCCGCAUGCCCCCUAUGUUUCCUUUGGUUCGGAUGCUUCCCUCUCGGUCGACCUGUUGUGCCUGUUAUCCCCCCUCCCCUGUGCUCUCUUCCUGUCUCUUCCCCCCCCCCUUUUUUAUCUUUUACUCCCGUGGCGCUCAUCCUUGCCUAUGCCCGGUCAGCUGCCCCUGGCGGGCAUCAGCGGUCAAAGGAUGUGGCAGCCGUCACUGCAUAGUGACCCUCGCAAUGUACGUUGGAAUGGAUAGCUGUGAAUGACCGAAGAACUAGAAAUAUAUGACCCCGAGGAAGAAGGCCUGUGUCCGAAGUAGCGUGUAAUAAUGUAGAUCCGGGGAAGGUAGUCGAAAUAGACAGCCGUCUCGAGGCCUAAUCCCCCGCGAGCCGGACUG